AUGAGUCCAGGCGCUGGCAGCCCCCCGGAGCUGCUGAGCGGGAGGGUGUGGGUGCAAGGAGCCAGCCAGAUGCCCCCUUCCACCAAGCUCUGCAUUGAAAUCAUCCUCGCACCGCUCUGCCAGGGGGGUCGGCUCUGCCAGGAGCCCGUCUAUCGGAUCCACGUCCCGUCCCGUGUCACGGCCCAGCAGGGUCUCUGCGUCCUGCUCCCCUGUAAUUUCACAGCCAAGUUCGAGUCCUCCGGAGUCGCCUACAAAUACUGGUUCCUCAAGGAUGACAACAGGGACACCGGGCCGGCCGUGGCCACCACAGAUCCUGGCAGGGCCCUUCGGGAGCCUGGGGGCCGGAUCCGCAUGGUGGGGGCCACCCCGGACAACUGCUCCCUGAGCAUCAGCAACAUGAGGGCCCGAGACAGGGCCCACUACUACUUCCGCUUCAUGAAGGGAGACUUUCAGUACAGCUACUUGGAGGCCCAAUCGCCGGUGGACGUGACAGGUGAGCUGAUGGAGCAGCCGGUGCUGGGGGUCCCCAAGGUGCUGCUGUCCGGACAGCUGGUGAAUGUGACCUGCCAGGCUCCGGGGACCUGCUCUGGGACCCCUCCCCAAAUCACCUGGACCGUGGGGUUCGACAAUACAGCCAGGAACGUCUCGGUCGUCCUGGAGAACGGCAGCUUCUCGUACACCUCCGUGCUCAGUUUCACGCCGGCCCUGGGGGAUGACGGCAAAGAGCUCGUCUCCACCAUCAUGUACCCCGCCGUGGUCGGGGUCUCCACCCGCAGAGCUGUCCGGCUCCACGUCCACUACCCGCUGAAGCUGCUGCCGUGGGGGAACUGCACGGUGCGGGGCAGCGGGCCCGGGGGGGCAGCCACGUGUCACUGCACGGCCGAGGGGAACCCCCCACCCCACCUCGAGUCCAACUGCACCCUCCCCGGGGACUUCGAGGGCCCAGAGCUGCAGGCGACUUCGUGGGUGCGGGGCCCCGUCGUGAGCGGGGAGCUGUGGGGCCCGGCCGGGGGGCUGGGCAUGGGAUCCAGUUUUGCCAUUAGCAAAAAGCAGUGGCCUGUUCGUCUUCAGCCAGAGAUGUAUAUAUGUUGGUUUGCAGCGGGCUUCUCCCUGACACACAUGGUGGCCUUGACGGCUUGUGGAAGCCUUGUGCUGGUUGGUGCUGGGGCUGCAGUGGCCUGGAAAGUCGUGAAGAGAAGGCAGCGGGGCAGGGGCCCCGCCAUGGCCGGACGGUGCCAAGGGACCGGAGAUGGGCAGGUCUGUCACUCCUGUGAGCAUCCAGCUUCCACGGUGCCCUCCAGUGGGUUAUCCCAGACCCUGUCCCCAUCCCUGCCCCAUCCCCCACCCUGCUGGGAGUCCUCCCCCCGCUCCACAUGGGCUCUGGGACCCCCUCCCCUGCUCCCAGAAUCCCCCUCUGCUGGGAUUUCCCCACUCCAGCGCUCCCCACCGGCGUCCACCCAUCCUUUCCCCUGGGCAUGGCGCCCACUCUUCCCAGCUAACCCGGUCUCUCCCCGCACAGGACUUCACUGGGGAAAGGGGAGCCCCUGA